AGGGUAUGGGGAAAUACAAAAUUAAUUUUUGCUCAUUCCAUGCAUAUAUAGAUAUAGAUAUGUAUAUAUAUAUAUCAUCUUCUUCUUCUUCUAGCUAGCUAUAAAAAGCACUACAUGCAAACUAAUUAUCAGUAAGGGCAGAGCAGAGCAAAGGCAUAGCAGCUCGAUCCAUCGAUAUCGAUACCGAUAACCAGACGAAUUAAUUGUGAAGGAUUGAUAGAUAUGGUGAAAAUGGAUUCGGAGUUUUUAAGGAAAGCCAAGGUAUACGUGGCUGUAAUAUUUCUGCAGAUUGGGAAUUCUGGAUUUGCUAUUGUGGCUAAGGGUGCUCUGGAUAAGGGCACCAGUCAUUUCACCUUGUCUGUCUACAGAAACGCCAUUGCUGCUCUCAUCUUCCUCCCUUUUGCCCUCGUCUUCGAGAGAAAAAUUAGGCCCCGGAUGACUCUGGGUGUCUUCGCCAAGAUCCUCUUGCUCAGCUUUCUCGACCCAAUAAUGGGGCAGAACCUGUUCUACGUGGGAAUGAACAUUACGACAGCCACUUUUGCAGCAGCUCUCUGCAAUCUUAUGCCUUCUCUAGCAUUCGUAAUGGCCUGGAUACUUAGAGUAGAGAAGGUGAAAGUGAAAGACAGGAGCAGCCAAGCGAAGAUUGUGGGAACACUUAUCACUCUGGCCGGAGCCAUGAUCAUGACCUUCAUUAGCGGCCGCGACCUCGGCCUGCCGUGGACGCACGCCGACGACCGGCAUCAGUCCAGCGCAGCCGCCGGCGGCCGCCAGCAGCAGCAGCUCAUUAAGGGCGCUCUCAUCAUCUUCACCGGCAACUUCGGCUAUGCCCUGUUUUUCAUUCUUCAGGCGAUCACGUUGCAAUCGUACCCGGCGGGGCUUUCUCUGACGGCGUUGAUAUGCACUAUGGGGGCAGUCAUCGGAACUGCACUGACGUUCAUGGUGGAAAGGGGGAAUACUGCAAUCUGGGCCCUCGGAUGGGACAGCAAGCUUUUAGCUUACGCUUAUGGGGGAAUAAUGUGCUCUGGAAUCAGUUACUACAUUUCGGGGGUUAUAAUGAAGACGAAGGGCCCUGUCUUCGUCACAGCAUUCAAUCCACUCAGCAUGGUCAUUGUAGCUGCUUUAAGCUCCUUCGUUUUUGCAGAGCAAAUGAACGUCGGCAAGGUUACUGGAGCAACUGUGAUUGUAAUAGGCCUUUACUUGGUGAUAUGGGGAAAGAUCAAGGAUGAGAAAGCCAUUGAAGAACUUCAAACAAAUCCUUCACCAUCCAUUGACGACGAUGAGAAUGACAAUAAGAAAAUUACAGACCCACCUACUGCUUCUCAUGCUGUUUAAUUAUCAUGUAUAUCAAACUUGCAGAACUCUGUAAUUCUUCAUCUUUACCAACACUAUCCAGACACCAAUGGGUGCCAUAUG